ACACCCAAUUCCCGGUCGGCCCUUGUGGAAUCUCAGCAGUUCGGCAAGUCUCUUUGGGGGAAAACAGGCAAACUGACUGUGAAGCUCCCUGAUGCGACAUUGGAGGACUACUUUCUCAAGGUGAUACAAAACCUUGACUCUAUCGGAAAGCAAAUGUGUCACGGGGAGUUUGAAUCCCUGAAGGCAAUCCAUAGCGCGUCACCUGGGUUUGUCCCAAAACCAUAUGCCCGGGGAAGAUUGCGAAUGAAGAAGGGACCCGCUGAACCGACAAAGUUGGCUAGUCACCUGGCUGACAUGCACCUGCGUUGUGUCUCACCCACUGGAAAAUUCGGCUUUCAUAUUGCCACCUGCCGCGCCAAAAUCAUUCAAGUCAUCGACGUGUGGGAUGAUUCAUGGUGUGUCGUUUUCCGCCGUCACCUAGGACACAUCACCAGCUUGGCAUCGCCCGUCUUUCAAUGGCCCGAAGUGCUGAAACCCAGCCUGAUUCACGGGGACUGCUGGGAUGGUAAUACCGCGGUGGACAGGAAGUCGGGAGAGGCUUUCAUUUUUGAUGCAUGCUCAUUUCACCGACACAAUGAGCACGAUACGGGCAACUGGCGAGCCCCUCGGCAUAAUCUGAGUGGUAAAGCGCACAUUGAGAAUUACGAGCUCCACUUUCCAGUUUCAGAGCCAGGUAGGUGCCAUCUAACAUGCGUCUAUGAGGAUAUGAGAACUCACUGUACUCUAAUUUGUCUUGACGUUUUGCGUGAAGAGAUGCAACUUGGGCGGGAUCCCGGGGAUACUGAAGGUGGCUUGGUUUCAUCUGAGACUAGGUUGGCCUCUAGCAAUAUGAGCUCCGAAGAGAUAGAGAUAGCAGAGAAGGACCGUUUAGAGGUGGCAGAAAAUUAG